AUGGUUCGUAAAAAAGCAGAACAUCAUGAAUGUCUUCUUGGUCCACUCGAAGAAAUAGCACUACAUCAAGAAAACAUAGAAAAAAUUGAGUUCCUUCAAGAUUGGUGUCCCAAACUUAAAAUAUUAUUGAUGCAAAGUAAUUUAAUUGCAAAAAUAGAAAACUUAAACAAGCUGAAACACUUGAAUUAUCUAAAUCUAGCCCUAAACAACAUCGAAAUCGUUGAGAACCUGGAACGCUGUGAAUCAUUACAAAAAUUAGAUUUAACCUUAAACUUUAUUGGUGAAAUUGUAAGUAUUGAAUCACUGAUCGGAAAUUAUAACUUAGAAAAUUUAUACCUGACCGGAAAUCCGUGUACUGAUUUCGAUAACUACAGAGACUUCGUUAUUGCCACCCUUCCCCAACUCAUAUCGCUUGAUGGAAGGGAAAUAGAGAGAUCCGACAGAAUCAAAGCCUUACAAAAUCUUCCAGUUAUACGCUCAGACAUUUUGUUUGAACAAGAAAACUAUCGCUAUCAAAGAAAAGCACAGAAAUCAAGGCUAGAAAAUGAUAUACAAAGAAAAUGGGAUAAUGAGUAUAAGGAUAUGGAUCCUGAUGAGAGAAAUAAAAAGUUUUGGGCAGAGAAAUGUGAACAUGCCCCGGAAGUUAGGUAUGAAAUAGAACACAUGAGACAACUUAAGUUAAAGUCAUACGAACCACAGCCAAAAGAAGAAGAAAAACGGGGUUACAAAUACUUUGCGACAGAUGGAAGGCCUUUUAACAUAAAUCAACCCAAAAUAGACUUCCUAUUUAAUGAUUCCGAGCCUGAUAAGUACGAACUAGACCUAGCUAUAUACAAAUAUCUAGACACCAGUUUAUUAGAAAUCGAUGUCCAGCCUAAUUAUGUUAGAGUCAUAAUUAGGGGUAAAAUAUUUCAACUCCACCUUCCAGAUGAAGUAGAUAUAUCUAAUUCAACGGCACAGAGAUCCCAGAUCACUGGACAUUUGGUGGUCACAAUGCCCAAAGCGCAUGUUAUAGUCGAUAAAAAAGAACCGAAAAUCAGGAAAUCCAAAUUGAAAAGCGCUCAACUAUACCAUCAGCACACAAUGGAAGAUUGUGCUACACACACAGAACAAACUAAACGAGAAUAUUUAGAAAUAGGACCCUCUGAUAAUAUCCUAGAUCUAACAAAAAUGAUUGAAACGAAAACAAUGCGUACUAAUAUUGAACAGAAACUGACACUAUCAGCUAAAACACCGUCGUCAGAUUUUAUUGAUGAUCCUAACGUUCCUGAUCUUAUAUAA